AUGGAAGAAAAGUUUGAAAAACUUGAUAGGGGAGAAAAAGAUUCCCGUAGCACCGAAAGUAUCUAUAACUACCUUGAUUGGUUGACAGCGUUGCCUUGGGGAGAAUGCAGUGAUGAUAGUUUUGAUGUCUUACGGGCAGAAAAGAUUCUUGACGAGGAUCACUACGGUUUACGUGAUGUAAAAGAAAGAAUACUAGAGUUUAUUGCUGUCGGAACACUUACGAGCAAUCCACAAGGAAAGAUCAUUUGUCUCUCUGGCCCUCCUGGGGUAGGAAAAACAAGUAUUGCUCGUUCUGUCGCACGUGCUCUUAACCGCAAGUUCUUUCGGCUCGCUGUUGGAGGACUAUCUGAUAGUGCGGAGAUCAAGGGGGAACGUGGAAUAUACAUUGGUGCCGCUCCAGGAAAGAUGGUGCAAUGUCUAAAGGAAGUGGGAACAGAGAAUCCUCUUGUUCUGCUCGAUGAGAUUGAUAAGCUUGGAAAGAGUAGUAGAGACGAUCCAGAGGGUGCGUUGUUGGAGCUUCUGGAUCCACAGCAAAAUACACAUUUUCUAGAUUACUUUCUUGAUGUUACUAUCGACUUAUCAAAGGUUUUGUUUGUAUGCACAGCAAACGAUACAGAUAAGAUUUUGGGUCCAUUGCUAGAUAGAAUGGAGGUUAUAGAACUCGCAGGGUACACUACCGAUGAGAAAAUGCAUAUUGCUAGAGACUAUUUGCUGAAAAAUGUAAAAAGAAAAUGUGGACUUAAGCCUGAACAGGUUGAUGUGAGCGACACGGCUCUUCUUUCCUUGAUAGAGAACUACUGCAGAGAAGCAGGAGUUCGAAAUAUCCAGAAGCAUAUUGAGAAGAUUUUUCGUAAGAUUGCUCUUAAACUUGUACGCCAACAAGCAUCCGCUUUGGCGGCUAUGACCGAUUUAAAGUCCUCGGAAACCGCUGCUAAAGGAUCCAUUGAGUUGACAAAUGAAUAUUUACGAUUAGCUGACGUUCUUAAGGUAUUCGAAUACGCAGUUGGUGGGGGUCCAACGAGGGAGAAGAGCAAAGAGAUUGCUCUUAAACUUGGACGCCAGCAAGCAUCCACCAAAGCGGCUAAGACCGAUUUAAAGUCUUACAAUGAAUAUUUACGUUUAAUGGAAUUAGAAUACGCACUUGCUGGGGGUCCAAUGAGCGACAAGAGUAGAGCAGUACCUGAAUUUACUAUUGACGCAUCAAACCUUGCAGAUUAUGUAGGCAAACCGGUUUUCCGAGGAGAAAAGAUCUAUGAGCAGACGCCAGUAGGGGUUGUAAUGGGUCUAGCUUGGACAUCCAUGGGCGGCUCAACAUUGUACAUAGAGACAACCUUUGUAGAAGAAGGUGAAGGCAAAGGUGGUCUUCAUAUAACGGGUCACCUUGGGAAAGUGAUGAAAGAAAGCGCAGAGAUAGCUCACACAGUUGCCAGAAGAAUAAUGUUUGAUAAAGAUCCUGGCAACCUCUUUUUUGCGAACUCCAAGCUUCAUUUACAUGUUCCUGAAGGAGCCACGCCAAAAGACGGUCCAAGUGCAGGCUGCACAAUGAUCACUUCCUUGCUUUCACUUGCCAUGAAGAAGCCUGUAAGAAAGGAUCUUGCAAUGACCGGAGAGGUCACUCUGACCGGUAGGAUUCUUCCAAUUGGCGGCCUUAAGGAGAAGACUAUGGCUGCAAGGCGGAGUCAAGUGAAGGUGAUAAUAUUCCCAGAGGCUAACCGGAGAGAUUUUGAGGGUCUUGAGGAAAGCGUUAAAGAAGGGCUCGAUGUUCAUUUUGUCGAUGAAUAUGAGCAGAUCUUCGAGCUAGCCUUUGGCCAUGACCAUUAGAAGAAUGUCACUUUCACUUGGGAUCUUCCUCUCUUGUUGUUUUUACUAUAUACUAUUGGUAUGUAUUUCUAUAGGCUGAUAUUAUAACUUUCUUGAUUUUUUUUUACCAUUGUUAUGUAUUAUAUUUCAUAAAACAGGAUGAACUAUAAAAGAGUCAAAGUUCUUUCCGUUCUAUCAAAUUCUUUUUUUCUCCAUAUUAUAUAUAUGUGGUUGUACUUUGAGUAUAGUAAUCAAAUUAAACUCUAAUCAUGAAAUGUUGUUGUUGAUAAAUCAGACUCCUUUAGAUAUAAGAAAUUGGGAAAACGUUAACCAUCAACCUGGUGAAUGCUAUUGCAGUGGAGUUUGAAAGACGUAAGGCCCUCUCCGAUAUCAAUAUGUUGCGGACCAUGCAGUCAACAACUUUUUCCUAGUGGAUAAAUCAAACUUAUUUUGUUUCACCUUUCUUUGUUUUUUGUUUUUGUGUUCUUUUUUUUUUGAGACGUUUACGCUGAGGGACACUUUCUCUCUUUUGUUAACGCUUGAAGACACAUUGUGUAGAUGGGACACAUAUUGAGACAGCUGUUUUUUCGUUGGACAUUAAAGCCCUCCGCGUGAGUUUGGAAAGAGAAUGAUCCCUUUAAGGAACUAAACUAGAUAACACUCUGGUUGGAAUAAAUGCAGAAGGUGAAAAAGUAAAAGUAGGUAUAUGGAUUUUAGGGUCUCUUGUUUGGACCGUUGAUUUUUUUUGUGAAACAAGAUCUAAUGGCUCAGAAGAGACGUAUAGUUUUGGCUUUAAUAAAUGUUGUUCUUUAACGUAUAGUUUUUGUUUGUGAGAGUAGCGUGAUGUCAUGUGAACCACACAGCUUUAACCCUUUCACUGAUAGAUUUUUCUUUUGGUUUUUAAACAAAAAUGUAUAUGAACAAAAUCUAAUUAGUUAAUACGAAAAAAAUACAAACGUUUACAAAAUGCAGAAACUUUCAUCUUAUAAAAAUCUUGUAAAUACCAA